GGGAAACCUCCUGGGCUCAGGGGGCGGGGCCACCCUCCGAGGCGUUCCAAAUACAAAGGCAGCGGCCGCGAUGGAGGGAGGCUUUGAGAGGCAAAUCGGCUGCAGGGGACGCUCGGGCGGCAGGGCCAUCUUUUAUUACCAGCAACUCCAGCAUCAACCUACAACACAUCAAGCUCACCAGGCAAAAAUUACUUCUUUUUUUUCGCACAAUCCUUCUCCAGAAAUACAAGUUAAUCUAGAUCCAAGAAACUCAGAAACUGAUAUUGCUCCAGAAACAACACCUUUAAUCAUGGACUGGUCAUUAAAUUACAUCAGCGAAAUUACCCCAUGGAACUGCGACUCCCAUUCCAUCCCUCUUAGUCAGGAGCUGGCAGAGGCUGAUACAUUAAUUGAAAACAACUCGACAAGUGGCUCACUAUUAUGCCUCCGAGCCACCGCCUCCCCCCCACCCCCACCCCUGCGCAGCUCUCUUCAAAUAAGAACACGAUGACAGAGGACUAUAUACCAGCCCUACAACCAAGCAACAUCAUGGGUCUUCUACUUUUGAUCCUUGAUGAACUUAACCUAAUGAAGCCUUUCUUUGAAGAAUGCAAUGUACUCUUAAAGUCUUUGACAACAAUAGCCAAAAAAUUUAUACCAGCUAAUUCAUUGCUCCCAGAGUCUGAAACAACUAAGACAAAACAACUAGUUCGACUAAAGCCAGGUGAUGCAACCAAAUUAACCAAGGAGGAUGGGCCAAAGACUGCUGAUAUUACCAGACAACCCAGUCACCUAAAGAAACGUAUUAAGCCCAAGGAAAAAGCGAGGAAAUCCAAGAAAUCCAAGAACGUGAAGAACUAUAAGCACCCUACUGGGAAGAAGCUAAACUUCAAGCCUCUGUUUGAAAUUCUGAAAUCAAUAGACUCUACUACUCCGUUGCCUACCAGCAAACCAGCACAUAAAGAUCGUGGACUAGCUAAAGAUGACAUCCGACUAACUAAUUUGGGGAAAAAAUCCCCCACUCUUCAGACUUAAACUCUCACGACCAUUCUCCAUGCGAAAAUGUAAUUUUAGCCGACGCGAUUGCUAAACCCAAAUUGCAUGGGAAAAAUAAAUCUUCAGCAUUAUUAAUAGUAAAACCUUCUCCUAAAAAGUUCAUAGAAGCGGAUUUAUCAAAGAGCCAUAUGAAGUUAGUUAUGGAAAAUAACAAAGCAGUUUUGCUUAACUUUCCUAACUUCCCAAGGAAGCACGGCUGCUACCCUGAUAAAUACAGAUUCUGUGAGUUCUUAACUACUACUGCACCAAUAUCCCUUACUUCUUCGGAUAUUAACAAUCUCUUUUUUUUAUAUAGCAAUUGCCAUACUACUAGAGUAAUAAUAACCUUCGCAAAUAGUGAGAUGGCGAAGAAGUUUCACACUUCAAAAUCAUUUCUGGCUGAUCAUGGAUUAUUUAUUGUCCAUUGCUUUAAGAAUAUAGUUCCUCCCUUUCCACUGAUAACGGAAGCUUCCAGACUAUGUAAUUCCACAAACGAACAUACCAGUCCUCUUCCUACUCCAGAUGCCCAAUUACAACAAUCCGUUUUGGAGCAUCAACCCUCUUCUAAGGACGCCUUCAAUGAAUCUCGUGAGUCGGAAGAUCUCCAACUCAUUGAAGUCUUUCCUGAUCUACCACUGCAUGAACAAACAAAAAUAAUUAAUAGAUUAGAUUGAUUGAAGACUGAUUUGCACCAAUUACAACACCAGCCUCUAUCUUCAUCUAGUAAAUCUAACGUAAAAUCCGCUAAGGCUUCUCCUUGUCUCCAGCCUGGAGUCCCCACCUCAUCUUCUGUUUCCUGGACAGAGAGAUGAUACUUGGACUCAAACGAGAUUGGAUCUUGCUCCCAGCCCCCGCAAACUCCCUGCCGUACUAACAGGGGGGGCAAAUCGAUAAUUUCAAAUGUAAGUGUAAUAAGACCGGAACUAGACCAAAUUUUUCCAUUAGCAGAACUUAACCCUUGAAAUCUAUUGACUUCCAAUGACAGUAAUUUGCCCCAGCCAGCCUCUGAUGCUCCCCCUCCCUCCGGGCCCAGUGCUGUCUUUAAUUUAUUAUUUUGGAAUAUAGCUGGAUGGAAUAACAAAGUUAAUGGUCCUGAGCUUUUAUCAUUCCUCCGUCCAUUUGAUGUCAUAUGUUUUCAAGAAACAUGGCUAACAGAAGACCAACCUUUUUUUGUUAAUGGAUUUAAAUGUUGGACCAAACCCGCUCAGCGUUUAGCCCAGAAAGGCCGAGCCAGUGGCAGCUUAGCGUUUUUAAUUUCCACAGAGCUAAAUGCCACAGUAACAGAUACCAUUCCCAGCUCCGGAACAUUGCCUAGCCCUAAUCAUAUCUUUCAAAACACUUUCUACGCAAACCCCCCCUUUACUCCCACCACUUAUUUGUAUAAAUGUAUAUAUUCCUCCCAGUGGCCCGAGGCUAAACUCUCAAAGAUGGCAGGACCUACUAGAAUAUAUGGAGCAAAUUCAACAAAAAUAUCCCAUGUAUAAUUUAGUUAUGGGUGGUGAUUUUAAUGCCGGGACGGGCCCUAAUAUUCCAAAUUCAUUAAUACUUCCAGACCUGUGCCCAGGAGAUUAUACAUUUCUACCCCGUACUUCAUACGACAAAGUAACAAAUUUAAAUGGCCGCGCUUUAUAUAAGAUGAUGAUAGGUCUUGGCUUGGUGUGCCUUAAUGGCUCAGAAUAUGACUCGUCCGAGGGGUUUUUCACUUUUAUAACCAAAAGAGGUGCCAGUGUGGUAGAUUAUAUCUUGAUCUACCCACAAAUACUUGAUCUUGUAAAGAAUUUUGACAUCGUUUACAGAUCUGACAGUGAUCAUCUUCCACUGUCAUUGUCUUUAUCCCUCUCUGCUAGUAAAUUGGAAAUCCAAUCGGACAAAGAUUUGUUUCAAGGCCCGAAACGUGGAAGAUGGUCUCCUUUGGUCCUAGAGGAAGUCAGGUCUAUUCUAAUGUCCCCUCCAUUGAUGGAAUUAAGACAUAAAGCUACCCUGCCAGCCAAUGCCAUUAUUGAGAUUUUUGAACAGAUUGUAUCCCAUCUCCACUCUGUUGUCACCACAUCCAAGGUCAUCCCAGAUAUACUUCAACUUGGGAAUAAACCGUGGUUUGAUAAAGUUUGCUUGGCCAAAAAGAAACAGGUUUGUUAUCAAACCCGUUUCACUAGAUUACAUUAUUCGGAAUUGGCCUUAGCUAAACUUUAUACACUUAAAAAAGAAUAUAAUAACCUACUAAAAUAUAAAAGAUCAACCUAUGUCACUUCAUUUUGGCAUCGGCUUGGAGUGGCGGCUCUUAAUUCUAAUCAGGAGAACUUCUGGAGAUUGGUUCGAAAUUCUCAGUCUGACAACUCCCAUAUCUCAAUCCCUCGAAUCCUCCCCGAGUCUUGGAUUUUCCUACUUCCAGGCAAUUUUUGAUGAUCCAUCCUCCUUGGACCAACCUUCUUUCACUAUUCCUAUUGAUUGUCCACAAUGGCCCCCAGUAACUGGAACUGAAAUAGACAACUUGAUCUCACAACUGUGUUCUGGGAAAGCCCCAGGCCAAGACUUGUUGCCAGCUGAAUUGUAUCAAUCUUUUCCUUUAUGGUGGCGCCCUAUUCUUGCCGCCUUAUUUACUAAAAUCAACGAAACAGGCUACAUUCCCCACAGUUGGAAAAUGAGUAUUGUAGUCCCAAUAUUUAAAAAAAGAGAUCCCACUAAACCAUCAAAUUUCAGACCCAUAAGCCUUCUGGACGUUGUGGCAAAACUGUAUGGGCGUUUCCUUCUAAAUAAACUCCUUGACUGGGACAAGGAGCAAGCUAUUAUAUCAGAUGCCCAAGCAGGAUUUAGGGAAGGGGCCUCAACACUACACCAACUGUUUAUUCUCCAUCAUCUUAUCACGCAUGUACAUAUGAACCCGCAGUGCUCUCUAUACCUAGCGUUUAUUGAUUUCUCGGCCGCCUUUGAUUCUAUUAACCGUCGUUUACUUUGGAGUAAACUUGAAAAGGCUGGCAUUAAUAAAAGAUUGCUCUGGCUUCUCCAAUCCUUACACCAAGACACUGUUUUAAGAAUUCGCUUAGGUCACAAUGGUCUUCUAUCCCAAAAAAAUCUAAUGAGGAGAGGAGUAAAACAGGGCUGCAUACUGGCCCCUUUCUUGUUCAACUUUUUUAUCAAUGAUAUAGUCCCGGCAAUGUCCUCUCCAUCAUUUUUUCCACCUUCAAUCAAAGAUAGAAAAGUUCCGGUCCUUUUAUAUGCGGAUGACUUACUCCUACUCUCCCAAAAUAGGCUAGGAUUUAAACGAAUGCUCUCACAAUUCCAGACAUACUGUGCCACCCAAUGUCUUCAUAUUAACUACUCAAAAACUAAAAUAAUGAUUUGCGGAAAGUAUAGUAAAGUUAAAUCCAUCUGGCACUUAAAUGGGCAUACAAUAGAACAGGUCCACACUUUCAAAUAUUUGGGUAUAUAUAUUAACAACAAAUUGUCAUGGGCUCAACAGUUGGCCCAUAUUAAACUCGUAGCUCUCAAGGCCCUCGGCCUCUUGAAGAAAUUUUUUUACUCCAAGGGCGGCCAACUGAUGAGACCCAUGUCCAAACUUUAUAUAUCAAAAAUUCUUCCAAAAAUCAUGUAUGGGUGUGAGAUCUGGGGCCCUUCUCUACGGUCAGCCCUAGAACCUAUUCAAAACACCUUCUUUAAGCAAAUCUUAGGCUUACCCAAAGGCACGCCGGCGGCCCAUAUGAGAAUAGAACUUAAAUCUCCCUCCUUAAUGGCCAGAGCCGACCUAGCGUUUUUACGCUUAUGGAAAAAAUUCUCGGAGGCCAAUCCAUCCUCACUGGCCAAACUCUGCUGGGAGGUUCAGCUAGAAAAAGGGGGUUGGGCAAAAAAUUUUAUGCCCUGGGCAUUCAGUAUCUUCUGACCCCUUCUCUGCUCGCUAGUCUUAAUUCAAAGGCUCUGUCUAACCAAAUCUAUGAUAGUGACGCACAACAAGAUUCCGCAGUGAUCGCCACCUCCCAUUUUUCCAAAUGGUUUACCCAUAUUAAACCUAAUCAUACAUGGCCUCCUUAUCUAGAUGUUCUAACAAGCACCCCGCCUCAGAAGAGCUUAUACCAAAUUACGAUUUCAGGUGAUGCCCUCGAACUAUCUGUAUGGUCGAUACCUUGGUAUCCCACAUGCCGAAAGGCUAUGCAUAGCAGGAUGUAGAGUGCCAGAAGACCUAAUUCAUUAUAUGCUCGAUUGCCCUCUAUUUUCUUCCCCACGAGCAAAAUUUUUAUCACCACUGAUUCCAGCGAAUAAUAAUAACGACAAUAAGUCUCAGACUUUGAUUUUGUUAUUAUCUGCUAUACAGCCACACAUGAUAAUUUCUAUUGCAAACUUUGCUUUAGCGGCCAAGAAACUGAGAGCUUUUUAUC